CUCAUCGUUGUUUACGCGGUUGGUUAACAAAACGUGCAUGCACAAUAUAAGCGAACAUGUGAGUAAAGGAUUAUUAACGCAACCGAUUUAAUUGUUAUAUUACUGCUAGUCGGGAUCCUUUGUUACCGUGUAUCUCCAAGCAGCCCACGAGAUGUGAAGCUGAGUCCAUAUAGUGGACUGCCAUAGUAACAAUGGCCAGCCCAGCAUCACCACCACCAUCAUUGCGCUUCGGCCAGGUGGUCAUUGGACCCCCAGGGUCGGGUAAAACCACUUACUGCUUAGGUAUGCAGGAGUUCAUGGGCCAACUAGGACGAAAGGUGGUCGUGGUGAACAUGGACCCGGCCAACGAUGGGCUUCCCUAUAAGUGUGCUGUGGACGUUUCGGAACUGGUUACCCUGGACGACGUGAUGGACAGUCUGAAGCUUGGGCCUAACGGGGGUCUCCUGUAUUGUAUGGAGUAUCUUGAAGCUAACCUUGACUGGCUCGAAAAUAAACUGAAUCAGUACAGUGACUAUUACUUCUUGUUUGACUGCCCUGGGCAAGUUGAGCUUUACACUCACCAAAGUUCUCUCAAAAAUAUAUUCUCGCAGCUUUCCAAAUGGAAUUUCAGGCUGGCUUCAGUCCAUCUUGUGGAUUCCCACUACUGUGCCGACCCGGCUAAAUUCAUCUCUGUGCUCUGCACGUCUCUUGCCAGCAUGCUGCAUGUGGAGCUUCCACACGUCAAUGUCCUGUCCAAGAUGGAUCUCAUUGAGCAGUAUGGAAAACUAGCUUUCAACUUGGACUUCUACACAGAAGUCAUGGACCUCCACUAUCUCCUAGACCAUCUUGCAUCAGACCCCUUUUUUAAGAAAUUCCACCAACUAAACCUAAAACUGGCUGAAGUUGUAGAAGAUUACGGCCUUGUCUCCUUUGUUCCUCUCAAUGUGCAGGACAAGCAAAGCAUGACUUCGGUCUUGCGGACGGUGGACAAAGCCAACGGCUAUUGCUUUGGAGACCUGGAGGAAAGGAAUCUGCAGGCCAUGAUGUCUGCCGCCGUGGGGGCCGACUUCCAGUUCGACUCAGCUCUUGGAGUGCAAGAGAGGUAUGUCAAAACCCGGGAAGCCACCGUGGAGGAGGAAAUGAUGGACCUGUGAGUAGCGUGGCAGGAAUGCAGGAGCAGAAGUGGUCGACGUUUGAGCGCCGGCGAAGGCGGGGCACCUCAUCUCGUUUGGCCUGAAUCUCAAGGCCUCAGCACUGAAGCGUCUUGAGUGCAGGAACCGAAUCGAAGCAACGCAGAGCCUUCAGAGCCACACCUUCAGCACAGAGAACAGCCGAAGACUUUGGAAAGGCAAAAGGUGUGUGUGUGUGUGUGUGUGUGUGUGUGUGUGUGUGUGAGAUAGACAGACUGUAUAUUACGUCACACAUAAUGGCAUCAAAAGGUCCCUCUGCCUAUUUCUGUUAUAUUAAAAAGGAAUACCUUGAACAGGUUUUCUUUCAGAUGUGUAAUAAAUAAUGAUUUGAUAAUUUCUACAAAUUGUUUGUUUGAAAAAUAAAAGUAGUCCCAGA